AUGAAGUACUCCAUUCCAGCCACGCCCUCCGGGACCACUCAUGCCCACGUCGCCAUUGUCGGCAUGGGACCGCGCGGAACCAGCGCGCUGGAACGUCUCUGUGCUUCUGCAACCGACUUUCUCGCGCCUGGUGCGCGACUAACGGUUCACGUCGUCGACCCUUCGCCCCCAGGAGCAGGCCGUGUCUGGCGCACCGCCCAGUCAUCGGAGUUACUGAUGAACACGGUGACUUCCCAAGUUACCUUGUACACUGACAAGAGUGUGGUUUGCUCGGGACCGAUACGCGAGGGACCAAGUUUGUAUGAAUGGGCAACCGAUGCUAAACUUGGACUGGGUCCCGACGAAUACCCAACCCGCGCACAGUACGGCCAUUACCUAGAAUGGGUCUUCCGCGAGGUAGUUCGCAACGCUCCCACCGGGGUUGAGAUUGAGGUCCACGCUGCCCGCGCAGUUAGCCUCGACGAUGCGCCGGAUGGCCGCCAAACCCUCACCCUGUCUACCGGCCGCACCUUAUCCGGUUUGUCUGCUGUGGUUCUCGCUCAGGGCCAUCUACCGCUAGUCGCAGAUGCACAGCUACAGCAGCUGACUGCAUAUGCUGACCAGAAUGGCCUGCGUCACAUCACGCCCUCCAAUCCGGCAGAUGUUGACCUAUCCUCUCUCAAACCUGGCGAGCCAGUCUUCUUGCGUGGUCUCGGUCUCAAUUUCUUCGACUACAUGGCUUUGCUGACUACAGGUCGUGGUGGUCGGUUUAGCCGUACGCCCAACGGAUUACGCUACCACCCCUCUGGAAGGGAGCCUCGUAUGUAUGCUGGCUCACGUCGCGGGAUUCCGUACCAAGCACGCGGUGACAAUGCAAAGGGUGCAUACGGCCGUCACAUGCCACUGAUUUUUACUGAGGAGGUGAUUGAUGGUUUUCGCCAGCGCGCCGACUCUGGCAACGCGCCGAACUUCCUGAAGGAAAUUUGGCCGCUUGUCUCGAAGGAGGUGGAAACUGUCUACUACGAAGCCCUGUUGAGACAACAUGGAUUCGAGCUCGGCGACUUCAGGGAUCGCUUCCUCGCCACUGCACACAAGAGCCUCGAAGAAGCCCAGGUGCUCACUGACUUCGGCAUUACUGAAGAGAACCGCUGGUCCUGGGACCGCAUUUCCCGACCAUACGGUGAACGUACCUUCACAGCCGGUGCCUGGAGGGACUGGAUGCUGGAGUAUCUACGGGAGGAUGCUAAAGAGGCCUCCCUUGGUAACGUCAACGGACCGUUGAAGGCAGCCCUGGAUGUGAUGCGCGAUCUGCGCAACGAGUUGCGACUCAUUGUGGACCAUGCGGGACUGUCUGGUCUUUCACACCGGGACCACUUGGACCGUUGGUACACACCACUGAACGCCUUCCUGUCCAUCGGACCCCCUCGUCAGCGUAUUGAGCAAAUGAUCGCUCUGAUCGAGGCCGGAAUUCUUGAUGUUCUCGGCCCACGGCCACAGGCCCGUGCUGAGGACGGAGCCUGGACUGUGUACUCCCCCGAAGUACCCGGACUUAAGGUCCGUGUCACCACUCUCAUUGAGGCGCGCCUGCCGGAGCCAAGUCUUAGACAUACUGCCGACGAGCUUCUUUCACAUCUGCUUAAGACGGGUCAGUGCCGCCCUCACACGGUUGACGGCUACGAGACUGGAGGUCUUGAUAUCACGCUCAGCCCGUACCGUAUUAUCGACUCCCAAGGUCGUGCACAUGAGAGACGAUUCGCCGUUGGUGUCCCCACUGAAGGUGUCCACUGGGUUACUGCAGCAGGAGCAAGACCAGGUGUGAACUCAGUUACUCUAUCUGACACUGAUGCUGUGGCUCGAGCUGCUCUGUCUGCCGCGGUCAGUGGAAAUACCGCCGUGGAGCGCCAGACUGAAGUCAAGGCGUGGCCGAACGUAGAAGUUUCGGAGGUUACUGUUCUGGAGGUUGGAGUUUGA